AUGCAGAACAACGAGAACAGCAAUGAUAAAGCAGACAGUCAGCUUCCAGUAAAUGAUAACCCCCUGCCUCCUGAUCAAAAUGGUGUAUCAUCUCUCGAGGAAGUGUCACCAAAAGUAUCUGAUCUGCAGCCUGGUAAAGCCGAUACAGGAGCAGGUGAGCAUGACAUUUCAGAGGAGCUAAGCAGGCAGCUGGAAGACAUAAUUCAGACUUACGCAUCUCCCGAUUCUGUGAGUGCUGAGAACCAGACUGGUGGAUUGCCAAAUAAAGCACAAGCAAAUGAGGAUGGAGAUACUGAGGAUGUAAAUGCAGAGGAGUCAAAAGAAGCAGGUUCCUCAUCGGAUGCCUCAUCAGCUACUUUAAAUAAAGACCAAAAACUGGAUAAGAAAAUUCUAAAAGGCUUAGGUAAAGAGGCUGCUCUCCUGCUCCAGAGCCUAAACAAGCUUAACACACCCGAGGAGAAGCUGGAAGCCUUGACAAAGAAGUAUGCAGAACUGCUGGAAGAGCAUCGCAUAGAGCAAAAGCAGAUGAAGCAGAUGCAAAAACGCCAAGUCCAACUUGUUAAAGAAAAAGACCUGCUACAAAGUGAGCAUAACAAAGCCAUUCUUGCUCGGAGCAAACUUGAGAGCCUGUGCCGGGAACUGCAGAGACACAACAAGACCCUUAAGGAGGAGACAAUUCAACGAGCUAGAGAAGACGAUGAAAAACGCAAAGAAAUCACUAACCAUUUCCAGAUAACGCUGGCAGAUAUCCAGAGUCAGAUAGAGCAGCAGAGUGAGAGGAAUACUGCGCUGUGCCAGGAAAAUGCCGAGCUGGCAGAGAAACUCAAAAGCAUUGUUGGACAAUAUGAAGUCAGAGAAGAGCACCUGGAUCAGAUAUUUAAACAGAGGGAGCUCCAGCAGAAGUUGGUGGAUGCCAGGCUAGAGCAGGCCAAAGAGCUGAUGAAAGAAGCCGAGGAAAAACAUAAGCGGGAGAAAGAUUUUUUGCUUACCCAGGCUGCAGAAUGGAAGUUACAGACCAACAUGCUGAAAGACCAAGAGACAAUAUUAAAAACACAGAUUACUCUAUACUCCGAGAGGUUUGAUGAGUUCCAGAGUUCGCUGACGAAAAGCAAUGAGGUUUUUACAACUUUCAAAAAGGAAAUGGAAAAGAUGACAAAGAAGAUCAAGAAACUAGAAAAAGACACAAACACCUGGAAAACCAGAUUUGAAAAUUGUAAUAAAGCUCUGCUGGACAUGAUUGAAGAGAAAACCAUGAGAGCGAAAGAAUAUGAGUGCUUUGUUGCAAAAAUUGAGAGGUUGGAGAAGCUUUGCAGAGCAUUGCAGGAGGAAAGAAUUGAACUAUACAAAAGAAUUAAAGAUGCUCAGACACGAGAUGUGGAGGAGCAGGAGGAGGAAGAAAUGGAACCUGAGGUCCUGGAUUCUGCUACAGCUGCCACAGAUGAAAAGUCUGUCACAGAGUCUUCUGUAAUAGAUGAAAAAAUCAUCAGAGAUCUGGAAACAGCUUUUAUGGUGACCCAUACUCUCGUGCAGACAGCAGAAGAAAGCAGGCAACAAUGUCUACAAUUAGAAGCCAGCAAAUCAGCCACUACAGGGGAAAUUCCUGCACAGUCACUACAAGACGCAGCCUGCUCAGAUUCUACAGAGCAAACCCCUUCGAAAACAAAAAUACAGCAUGUGUCCGGCAAUAAUGAUAUGGAGGAUGUAGACUAAACUCAACUGUAAAUGCUACGCAGAGAUUGUCAAUGAUUUGUGUUAGAUAAUUUACAUUUUACGUGGAUGAC